GGUAGGCGGGCACGUUGGCUCAGGCUCAAGUACAUAGGGCGCAAUUCUUUAUCCCGAGAAGCGCAAACUGCCACUGCCACCGCCAAUUGUAACGUGGCAAAAAGUCGGCCCCCGACAGCAAUCCUCGAGGCGUCUCAAGAGAUGGCGUCCCGCGCGUCGUUACGACCGCUUCUCCGACCGGGCCCGAAGCGCAUGCUCGGGACGCUAUCCUUCUCUGCUGCUGCAGGUGCAACAAUCCGCACGACUCCACUGUUGCCCUUGAAAACAGCUCGCAAGCUGCUGCAGCCAUCCUCGGCAUGCUGGAGCUGUCACCGGCUGCUUCAAUUGCCUUGCGCGCGAAGUUUCCACUCGGGGGCCCCUCUCUCGUCGCAUCCGACCUCGAACAAUGGCAAUCCACCUCGGCCGUCGUCUGCCGAUACCGGCGAUUCCAUCCCAAUCGCCAUGCCGCCGCCAGAAGGAUUUGGAGAGUCUGCAGCACCAAUUAGCUCCUCUUCAGGGCCAUCAUCAGCUUCGCCAAGCGAGCAACCGUCCGAACCAGAGCAAAAGGCCACCUCUUCAGAAACAUCUCCCAACCAAGAACAACAACAGCAACAAGCCCCCGCCACAGACGAACCGACCCCCUCGACGUCCCCAGACCCAUCAUCCACCGACGCAAAGAGCCCGCCCCAGCCCCUUACCGCCCGCCUCACCAACGCCAUUGACAACCUGCAAACCCGCCUCCUGGCCGGCCAGCAGACCCUCAACGACCUGACGGGCUACUCGACGAUCGAGCAGAUCAAGCAGCAAAACGCCGAGCUCGAGAAGCAGCUGGCGGCGGCGCAAGCCCACCUCCGGCACGCGCGGCAGGCCUACAAGACGGCCCAUUCCGCGCGGGCCUCAACGCAGCGCGAGGUGACGACGCUGCUGGCACGCAAGGACGGCUGGUCGCCGCUGGACCUGGAGCGCUUCACGACGCUGUACCGGCAGGACCACCAGCUCGAGACCGAGGCGCAGCGGGCCGCGCGUGAGCUGACCGAGGCCGAGGAUGACGAGGCCCGCCUCUCGGCCGCCCUGACCAACGGCAUCAUGCGCCGGUACCACGAGGAGCAGGUCUGGAGCGACCGCAUCCGCCGCGCCAGCACCUGGGGAACCUGGGGCCUCAUGGGCGUCAACAUCCUCCUUUUUCUCGUCCUCCAGUUCGUCGCCGAGCCCUGGAGGCGUCGCAGGCUGGUCAGGAGCAUCGCCGAGGGCGAAAAGCCCAUGAUGGACGAGGUCAAGCACGAGCUCGAGGCUGUCAGGGGCGCCCUGGCCGCGUUCGAGAAGAGCGCCGCCGCUGCUGCCGCUGUCCAGUCGACCUCUGUUGUCGACCCUGCUCUGUCAUCGGUCCAAGCGGCUGCAGACCAGGCAGAGGUCGUCGGGACGACCUCUGAAGAGAUUGUCGUCACAGCCGGAACUGGCCCUGAGCCCGUCUCUCCCCCUGCUCAGCCAUGGACCGAGGUUAUCGUAGAUCCUAAGCUGUGGGGUCCAGCUCUCUCCGACUUGUACAGUGAGCGGAGGAUAGACCUUACAAUGCGCGAGGUUUCCAUAAUAGCACUAGAGGGUGCCCUGGCAGGAGCAGUAAUCUUUGCCGGUGCAUUUGCCUUGCUAGUGAGGAGUUAA